AUGGUCAUCGUGGACAAGUCCGGAGUUCAUCGCCUGGAGGUUCGAUGCUGUGAAUGUCCGAAUGCCAUGAGUCCGGACAUUCAAAUGUUUCGACACAGAUUUUUCCCUGCAUCUUUUAACAGGCCAAAGACUGUCAUGUUUCCACACCUUGUUCCGGACCGAUACAGAGAGCUCAUGAGGGUCGCUCAACAGUGGAGGCAGUUGAAGACAAUGAAAUGGCAUGGCUUCGGCCAUCGUUCUGAUAACCCGAGCACAGGAGAACUUGCAUUAUUUUGCCCGGCAUGUCCUCAGCCUGGGAUUAAUGUGCUGUUGUCAGAGGAUGAAUCUCUUGAUGAGGAUCCAAGCUGGAAAUACACCCGGUCAUUUGUGAUGGAUGGAAAUUUCAAAGCCGAACAUCUGCAUCCCAUUAAGCCAUUCGAUGAAGUUUGGCUGUCCGAUGGACUUGGAUUCAUGGUAGGAAAUGACAGGUAUAAAAUGCACCUGGCAGAGGCUGCUGACACAGUGGAAAAAUCAAGCUGCAACAAUCACCGGGCAGUAAAUCAAGCUAAUGCUGCUAGGCACAAGCUGGAGUCCACCGGUAUCGGGGGAGUUGCCUGUGCCAGACACGGUUGCUUUGUCCCUCACUCCAUGGUGGAUUUUCAGAAAGGCGAAAGGCAAGCCACAUCCACCAUUCCCCAUUCACGAGUUAACCAUGGGGGGUCACUUGCAGACAAAUGA